GUAAACGGCCAGUAGCCAAUGUUCUUGCGGAACUCUCCCCCCUAUACUAAGAGCGCCAAUCCCCAACCUCUCCGCAUCAAACCAAUGGUCUCGCCCAUUCGACCCCGGUUCAGAACCCUCCGGUUCACAGCUCCCAGAAGCAAGAACUCCCUCAUCCUUCCGGUCCACGUGGCCGACCGCUCCUUCUCAGCCGAACCCAUCCGGUCUGGUCCACCACCUUCGCCCUACGAGGCCAACGCUCGCUUGAAGACCCUGGUCAAAUGCGACCGUCUUCGCGAUGCUCGUCGCCUGUUCGACGAAAUGCCUCACCGGGACGAGAUCUCCUGGACCACCCUCAUCUCUGGCUACGUCCGCGCCGCCGACUCCUUGGAGGCCCUCUGUCUCUUCUCCCGCUCGCUCUCCGACCCGUCCCUCUACCCCGACCCCUUCGUCCUCAGCCUUGCCUUCAAGGCCUGCGCAUCCGACUCCACCCUCCGGCCCCACGGAGAAUGCCUCCACGCCCGCGUCCUCAAGACCGGCGUCCACCCGUCCUCCGUCUUCGUCGCCACCGCCCUCCUCGACAUGUACUCCAAGUCCGGCUACCCCGCCCGCGCCCUCCAGGUGUUCGACGAAACGCCCCACCCCAACGCCGUCUCCUGGACCGGCGCCGUCGCCACCCUCGUCCGCGCGGCCCGCCCCCGAGACGCUCUUCUCCGCUUCGCCUCUAUGCUGGCUGCUGGCGUGGCCUGCGACUCCCACACCUACGCCAUCGCCCUCAAGGCCUGCGCUGACGCCGCCAUCCUCCCCCGGGGUCGCGAGAUCCAUGCCCGUACUCUCCGCCUCGGCCUCGACGCUACCCCCUUCGUCGCCAACACCCUCGGCUCCCUCUAUCUCCGCUGCGGUCACCUCCGCCGCGGGCUCAUCGUCCUCAACCGGCUCCGCUCCCGAGACGUCGCCGCGUGGACCACCAUCAUCUCCACCCACGUCCACUUGGGCCGCGAGACGGACGCCAUCGACGCCUUCAUUAAAAUGCGAGCGCACCCAUCAGACGGCUCAAACGCCAACGAGUACACCUACGCCGCUGUACUAUCCGCUUGCGCGGGGCUCGUGAGACUCACGUGGGGGGAGCAGCUACACGGUCACGUGAUCCGGCGGGGUUUCGCCGGGUCUAAAUCCGUAGCCAAUGCGCUCGUGACCCUCUACGCCCGGACCGGCCGGCUCGACUCCGCCGAUAUCUUAUUUCGCGAGACACCAGUCAAGGACAUCGUAUCUUGGUCCGCCAUCAUCUGCGGACAUGCCGAAGAGAGCCACGUGGAGAAAUCCUUCUUCCUUUUCUCCGAGAUGCGGGUUACUGGACCGGCGCCGAACGAGUUCACGCUCUCGAGCCUCUUGAGCGCGUGCGCCGGGGCGGCGAUGGUGGACGCCGGGCGGCAAAUCCACGCGCAUGCGAUCGCCGGGGGUUUGGAGGCGGAUGCGAUGGUGACGAGCGCGCUGAUAACAAUGUACUCGAAAAGUGGGAGCAUUGAGGAGGCGGAGAGGGUGUUCGCCGGACGGCGGCGCGACGAGGUGGUGUCGUGGACGGCGAUGAUCAACGGGUACGCGGAGCACGGCCGGUGCCGGGAUGCCGUCGAGUUGUUCGACGAAAUGCCCGUGGCCGGCCUGAGGCCGGAUGGAGUGGCAUUCAUUGGGGUCCUCACGGCGUGCUGCCACGGGGGAAUGGUGGAUCGAGGAUUGAGGUAUUUUGAGAAGAUGGGGGAGUUUGGGGUGGAGAAGGGACGGGAGCACUACGGGUGCGUGGUGGAUAUGUUGGUCAGGGCGGGGAGGGUGGCGGAGGCGGAGGGGUUGGCAGCUGGGAUGCCGGUGGGGACGGCGGAUGGGGUGGUGUGGACGGCGGUGAUGAGGGGGUGGGCGGUGAGGGGGGACGAGGAGGCGGGGAGGAGGGCGGCGGCAAGGGUAAUGGAGCUGGAGCCGGAGGGGGCGGCGGGGGCUCACGUGGCGCUGGCGAAUCUGUACGCAAGGAAGGGGCGGUGGGGAGAGGCAGCGGAGGAGCGGAGGCGGAUGAGGGAGAAGGGGGUGAGGAAGGGGGCCGGGUGGUCGUGGGUCGCCGUCGGUGGCGGUGAGGGCGCGGUGGUGUUCGUCGCUGGCGAUCGUUCGCAUGCGAGAAGGGAGAAUAUCUAUGGGGUCUUGGCGUUGGUGUACUACGAGGCGAGGAGGGCGGGGUCCGUCCCGGAGAUGGGCUUCGAGACCGAAAUGGAGUAGGAGGAUGGAGUGUGGACGGAUGCGAUCAGUUUUUUCCUGGGGGGAGUGGACGGUAGCGAUUUGGAAACUUGCAGAGGAACACCGGAUCUCCCUGUGGCAACAUGGCUCGUAACGGGGAUACAUGGAGACUUAAAACGGGAAGCUAGCCUUAAAUUAUCGUAAACAAUUUUGGUUCGGUGGGAGACCUAAGCUUCAGACUGACAGGAGGAUAUGAUGUGAGGAAGCAGCAUAAGUGGUGGAGCAACAUAGCAUUAUGACAAGUCAACUGAUUUGAUGGUGAUUUGAGCAAAGAAUAUAAUGACUAUAUUCAACGGAUUACUUAACAUGUCUACUAUUAUUUAUGUUUUUUAAUUGAUUUGGAUGGUUCUCUUCAUUUAUUAUUUUGAGUUAAUGAAAAAUGUAUUCGACAUCUUCUUUAAAUUCUCUU